AUGUCCGCUCACGGUGGCAAGGCUCGCGCCGAGGCCAAGACCCGCUCCUCCACGGCCGGCCUGCGCGUCCACCGUCUGCUCCACCAGGGAAAAUACUCGGGGCGGGUGGGCGCCGGCGCCCCGGUGUACCUGGCGGCCGUGCUGGAGUACCUGACGGCCGAGAUCCUGGAGCUGGCGGGCAACGCGGCCCGCGACAACAAGACGCGCAUCAUCCCGCGCCACCUGCAGCUGGCCAUCCGCAACGACGAGGAGCUCAACAAGCUGCUGGGCCGCGUCACCAUCGCGCAGGGCGGCGUCCUGCCCAACAUCCAGGCGGUGCUGCUGCCCAAGAAGACCGAGAGCAGCCACCACAGGGCCAAGUGA